AAAAAUAUUUAUUGUGUUGACACCACAUUCCUCUCCCCAUCUAAAAAUGUGUAUAAUGUGUUGACACCGGCCAUGCACGGGACAGCAACCGCAAAUAUCAUCAAGUAAUCGUGUAAUAAUCUCAAUAUCCAAUCUACUUAUACCACAAAAAUGUCAGCGAGUAGAUUGGAUGCAGUUUAUCGCAGUAUACUUAUUACAAAAUUUUUCACUAAAGGAUGGGGAAAGCCUGAAAAUUUACGUCGGUUAUUCGAGUUCAGAAAAGUAGUAUCGAACCGAGAUGAAUGCUUCAAGCUCAUUGAGAGAGACUAUGCAGUUACAAUCACUAAGGAACAAAAACUGUCAGACUGCACCCUACUGGAAGGGUACUUUAUAUCCCCCCUGCACCGCUACCUGCCCGGGAUAGUUCCGGAGGUGGCUCAGAAGGCCCAUUUCCAAGUGCUGCUACCCAUCCAUUGGCCGGAGAAGGGAGUCAAACCCAUGUGCUUGCAUCUAGCUGGUACUGGUGACCACUUCUUCUGGCGGCGCCGAAAUCUCAUGGUGAAACCGCUCAUCAAAGAAGCUGGUAUCGGCGGCAUCAUCCUCGAAAACCCCUUCUACGGCCUCCGGAAACCGAUGGACCAAGUGCGCUCAUCUCUCCACAACGUGUCAGACAUAUUCGUGAUGGGCGGCUGCCUGAUCCUGGAGUCACUAGUGCUGUUCCACUGGUGCGAACGCAACGGGCUUGGUCCUCUCGGCGUGACCGGCCUGUCUAUGGGCGGUCAUAUGGCGUCGCUGGCAGCUACAAAUUGGCCGAAACCCCUGGUGCUGGUACCGUGCUUGUCCUGGUCAACCGCCUCCGCUGUAUUCCUACAGGGUGUCAUGUCACAAUCAAUAAACUGGGACCUACUCGAAGACCAAUACCUCUCCGAUGGCGAAUACCGAGAGAAACUCUCUAAAAUGGUGACCAUCGUCGACGAGGCUUUCCUAGCAGGAAAGAAAUUCGCACAGACCUACCAUCCCGCCACCCACCCUGUAUCAACCACAGUCGACACGGCUAAAAAACUAGACAUAACAUAUAAAGAGAAAAAAAUGGAAUCAGACAUUGUAGAUAUAACGAAAAAUAUCGUGGAUUUAAAUAAAAAUGUGCCAAAGAAAGAAACGAAACCCUUUACUAGAGAAGCUUUGAUUCAGGAGUUGCAAAGUUUGCUAGAUGAUAAUAAAAUUAGUGAUCAGUUGUAUGAGAAGUUGCUAUCGAAUGACAAGUUUGAGUUGCUGCCGCAGGAUAUUGAGGAUAUCAAUAAGUUGACGGAGGAGAAAAUUAAUGAGAUUUUGAUGAAGUGUAAAAUUGCCGACUUAAGAACAACAGGAAUCGUCGACAUCAAUACAGACCCACCCAAAACCGAGCAAACCCAGCCCAUCCUAAAACCGCCAACCCAACUAGAAGCGGUCCCAGAGCCCAAAAUAGCUAAAAACAAAUCCUGGACCGUAUCUGAGAUAACUUCAGAUCUAUGGUCGAAUUUGCCCUUUUUGAAAAGUAAGAGUGAGAAGAAGAUAGACUGGAGUAAAGUGCAUUGGAGGGACAGAGAGGCAUUGCAGUUUAUGAGGGGCAUCAUGGAUGAGUGCACGCAUUUAAGUAACUUCUCUGUGCCGUAUGAUACUUCGUUGAUUAUUGCUGUAUGCGCGAAACACGACGCGUACGUCCCCCGCGACGACGUCGGCACACUAGAGGAGAUCUGGCCCGGCGCCGAGGUGCGCUACGUGGACGCGGGCCACGUGUCCGCCUACAUCCUGCACCAGUCGCUCUUCAGGGCGUGCAUAAAAGAAGCAUUUGAAAGGUCGAAGAAAAAAUGGAAAGACGGGAAACAUGUUAACUGACGAUAGCUUUUGCUCAAACUAGAACUACAUAGUCUCAUCAGUAGGAAAAAUUACUGUGCCAACUAAGGCCCUCGCCACACGGAGUCGUGACCUAAAAGACGCGUAAGUGUAAGUAACUGUAAGCCCUGAGCGGAAGCUAUGCAGCUACUCAGGACACUUGUGUGAACUUUAGUUGUUUGAUAUUCAUGCCCCACCACGCUCCACGCCAAAUAUGAGCGUGUUCUCAGGCUUUACACUAAAUGUAUUGUAAUACGAGCGUAGAACGAGAGCGCUACGAGAACGAACAAGUUCAGACAACGCAAAAGAAGCGUCGUCAUAGAAUUGUAUGAGAUUACUUUCGUCCUAGCGACAGGCUUACAGUGCGACAUACAGCCUAGCAAUAAAAGAGUACAGACACUUACGCAACCAAGAACUCUCCUGGUUGGCUCUCGUGAACUUUGCUCAGAUGCCAGACAACCCACUGGGCGGGUUAUCGCCAUAUAAGCUGGUGGCUAUAAAUAACGUCCUGUUUCUGACAUUUUUGCCUAGUAGUGAACGUGUUAAAAUGUGCCACCAUCGUCGUGUCAUCCCUUUCUUAUCAAUAUUUGUGAAACGAGAAGAGAGAGAGAUGUUGCCACUUUUUAAUUUCUUAUUUGCCAGGAUCUAAAGUAGAAUAUGACUGAGGGCGCCACAUGUAACGUAACUGUCACGUUAUUGACAUAGAAUACUUAAAACAUGGAAACAAAAUUGUACGUAAAAAGGGAUAAUUCUAUUUUAUGACACACUGUAGCGUAAAAAGCUUAAAACAACGUGUCACGAAUACUGCUUAUAUAACGUUUGGUGCCAAACUACGGGUCUCGUGCUAGUAACGGUUUUACGAUACACUUACGUUCCAGGCGAGGGUUCAACUGAGCAAAGUUAAUCUAAUCUUAUGAAGUGAUAGUAAAGUUUAACUAAGGCGAGUUGUGACAACGAAAACUUGUCAAUAUGGCAAAGUUAAACACCUAGCUUUUGGAUACCCAGUCGUCACUUGCCGCUCCGGUGUGCGAGCGAGACACACGCAUGUGACUACCUCGCUCCCACCCCUUCACUUUCUGUUCAUAUCGGUGCAAAUCUAGCUUAAAAGCAAACUUACUUUUAAACUAAUCGGUAAGCAAAGAAACAUAUUUUCAUACUAAAGCUGUAGCCAUAAAAAGUGUGAUAAAAAUACGAAAAAUUAUACAAUAGGAUAGAUUCUUUGAUUAAUGUAGACGUGUGAUAGCUAGCGAUCGGUAACGUCUUAAUUUCAUGAGUUCAUGACACUUGACAGCCUGGUAGCGUAAAAGUAAAGUAAGGUUGAUGAAGUAGACUGUCAAUAUUUAAUAGUCAUUUAAAUAUCAUUAACCUAAAUUACUUUACUUUACAAAUUCCGCUAAUAUUGUUACCAGUCACUAGCUGAUAGCUUUACAUGUAUAAGAAAAUGUACAAAUUAGAAUUAACGUGAGCUUAUGAAUGUCUGCCUAUUUAACAAUAAUUAUUAACCCCUUAUUCAUAAACGUUCACUAAAGUUAUCAAGCCAAUAAAGUUCGUUUGUCCCUUUCUAUCACAGUGAUACGUCGGAAAGGGACAAACGAAAUUUAUCGGCUUGAUAACUGAUAACUAAUAUUUCUCUCGCUCAAUGUCUAGUUGAUAAUGAACCUUGUAACCAAACCUUAAGGUGUGAAAUCGAACACUGCUUUAGUUUGAAAUUUUAACACCUUUUACACUAUUAAGGCUUAUUUCCACGGCGUGCGAACUUGCAUACUAUGUUAGUUACAUUGCACACCAAUAAAAUACCGCAGUGUACUGAAACACAUACGAUUUCACGCACCGUGUAAGUAGGCCCUUAGUAAAGUCAAUAUUGUAUUUUUGGUUCUGACUAUAUCAUGUGAUUUUUAAGCCAAUUUUGGCGUUUUAAACAUAUUCGAUGUUUUAUUAUAAAAUCGAUGCCUGUAUUGGCUAAGUGUAAAAAGUCAGUGUAUGCUGUGGCAUAAACAUAUUAUUUAUGAAUGGGUUAACCCACCUUGAUGUUAUUUGUCAAGUAACUAAUGAUUUAUUAUAAUUAAAAAGCCGGGCUGCAUAUUGCACAUAGCCAAUAAUGGAUAAAUAAAAAUGCCUUAUUUUUAUACAUAUCUGACUAAUUUCAAGGUACAUUUUACGUGUGUGAAAACAAAGCUUUCGCGUUUUUGUGAGACAAUUCUAGUUAUUUACACUUAUUUAUUUCGUCCCAAUAGUGCAUGGGCCUUAUUUUAUUAUACUUAGUGCUCUUCUGAUACCGUUAUGCUUUUCAUAGUUUUAUUACAACACAAGUGUAGAUAGUGUAUUCUUUUUUUGAGAUACGACGUUAUAAUUUUUAUAAUAAAUAUUGUUUUAUGGUUAA